UUGAAGACUAUUGCAUCCGAUGCCGAAUUUGUUUUGGGUUUUCUGUCUAGUUUUCCUCUAGUUGUGAUUUCAAAUGAUAACAGUUCCAAUGUGCUUUUCGAUCUUGAGAGUUCCGAAAUUUGGAGUCCACACAUUAGCUAAUUUUUGGAGGACAAACUUCCAUCCCCUGAACAGGAAUUAUGGUCAUAGUUCUUGGUAUGAUCAGCUUUGUUUUAGAAUCUAUAACCUUGAAGGAGGGCAAAAUAAGAGAUGGACCAGAAAAUCGAUAACCACGAAAGCAGGGAGGAAAGUGAAGAACAACCCCAGCAGUAAACCAAGUGAUAUCAGAAAUGAAAUUUUAGAGGGAUCGGUUUCAACAAGCUGUACAGUUAGCAUUAAUAAGACUGAGAAAAGUGAAACCCAGAAACUUCAGUAUUGUGAUAUUCAGCAAACAUUUACUAAGAAAAAGGAGUUGACUAGGCCGGUGACAGUUAUAGCCUUUGACAUUGAAACAACAGGUUUUAGUAGAAAAAAGGAUAGGAUAGUGGAAAUAGCCUUUCAAGAUCUUUCAGGAGGAGAAAAUAGCACCUUCCAAACAUUAAUAAAUCCAGAGUGCUAUAUUCCAAAUUCUCUUGUACAUGGCAUUACAAGCCGUAUGGUCAGCAGACCCGAUGUUCCAAGGAUGAAGGAUCUUAUACCAAUUUUAUUACAAUUUGUUUUAAGCCGUCAGAAACCUGAUGGUUAUAUAUUAUUGGUAGCUCAUAAUGCUCGUACCUUCGACGUGCCCUUUCUGCUCAAUGAAUUCAGCCGCUGCUCCUUCGACAUUCCUCAAGAUUGGCUAUUUCUUGAUAAUAUGAUUUUAGCCCGUCAACUGAUGAUAUCCUCAGAUUCAAAGCUUUCAAAAAUUUCGUUACAAGCUCUUCGCGAGUAUUACAGUAUUCCGCUGGUGGGUUCAGCUCACAGAGCAAUGUCGGAUGUGAUGUCGUUGUCGCUGAUUCUUCAGAGGCUUACUUUCGACCUCAAGCUGGAAAUCCCCGAUCUCAUUGAAAGAUCUUUCACUGCUUCAGACCUGAUUAAGAAGAACAAGGACUAGUUUUUAAGUUAUAUGCAUAGAUCAAUCUUAACUUAGUGAUCAAGCUGUGGUCCUGUUGUAAUGUUAUUUAUUAAUUGUAUUGUAACUUUUGUUCAUUCUUAUCAGCAAAAUAUUGGGCCAUUUUAUUUGUGCCAAUCAGAUUUGUCUUGAUAUCCAUAUUCUCCAAAAAAAAAAAAAACUAGUGCUGAAUUGGAUUAUCAUGACAGAAAAUCUUUUGUUUUCUUGUUUUGAAUGGAUACUUGAUGAAACGAGAAUUGACAGAGUUUAU